CGUCGGCGUCUCCGACUUAUCGCAAUCCCCGUCGCGGGCAAAGGUCACACGCAGCCGUCCUUUGGUUUCAUCGACCCUGUUUGAUACCCGCUUCGCGUUUGCGGUCCCGGCGGUAUCUGCGAAUAAUAGAUCGCGUAGUCUACAGAGUAUGAAUUAAAAAAGGAGCAUCCUCCUCCGUUUCAUUUUUCCUAUUAGUAUGCUUCCUCCUCCUUCCUCCCUUAGGCGGCCUCCUCUUCUUCCUCAUCACUCGAGUCCUUUUCAGCGUCGAUUUCGCUUUCUUAUCUUGCUUAUUGGUCAGCAGCUUUUUCCUCGAUCGGCUUUGGCUUCGAUUUGGCCGGCGUGUGGAAUUGAUCGGAUUCGGAGUAUCUGCGCGUUGAGGCGGCGAUUUGGGUUUCUUCUUGCAGUUCAUGGCCUUCGAUAGAAUGUCGGGGGCUAGCUUGCAGGUGGGUCUCCGCAGUGGGGAGCAUCGGUUUUACGAUGCCUCUAAGGCUAGCAGGAACCGUCAUGGCCUCCGCCGACAAUACAUACAGAGUUCGCAGAAAUAUACCGGCACCUGCAACUCUGUAGUUUCGCCCUACCCUCCAUCUCUUCCGAUGGAUAAGGAUGCAAUGGUGAUAUCUGGCGUCCCGGAGCCAGAGGACCCAGGUCGAGAAGAGGAGGUUUCUAAGAAGACCGGGACAGUGACCGCUUCGUGUGUUAGCGCUUCUGCCGGUCAUCUUUGCAACUUGGAACGUUUCUUGAAGUCAACUACUCCAGUUGUUGCCGCUCGGUACCCUUCGAAGAUGAAAAUAGGAGGAUGUAGGGAUUCUGAUGGGGAGUCUAGGCCUUAUUUUGCUCUUUCGGACCUCUGGGAGUCGUUUUCUGAGUGGAGCGCCUAUGGUGCUGGUGUUCCUCUUGUUCUUAACGGCACGACCAGCGUCAUCCAGUAUUACGUGCCCUUCGUGUCCGGCAUCCAGUUAUAUGGUGCAUUGAACAGGCCGUUGACUGACUGCAGAAGACCUGGUGAUGAGAGUGAUGGUGACAGUAAUUGGGAUUCAAGUAGUUGUAUAAGUAGUGACCGUGAACAUGAAAAGGAGUUCAGAUACUCAAAAGCAUGGGAUUCAGAGCAUGUUGCUGCAAACUUGUCCACAAGGAUGCAUAGUCUCUGUCUGAGAGAGAAACAUUGGGACCGACUAGAGGGAUCUUCAAGUGAUGAUGGGGAUUGUGGGCAUUCACAGUCUGACUUGUUGUUUGAAUAUCUUGAACAGGAUCCACCAUUUGUUCGUGUACCAUUAUUUGAUAAGAUCUCAGAUCUUGCAGGUCAUUUUCCUGCUUUGAAAUCUCUUAGAAGUUGUGAUCUACUUCCAUCUAGCUGGAUUUCAAUUGCAUGGUACCCUAUAUAUAGAAUACCAACUGGCCCAACAUUGAAGGAUCUAGAUGCUUGUUUUCUGACAUUUCAUUCUCUUUCUACACCAAUGAAAGAACGUCCUACUGCUUCUGUGCCACAGGGGGUGAGUGGUCUUCCUAUAGUCAACCUACCUACUUUUGGGCUUGCGUCCUACAAAUUUCGAGGAUCCAUCUGGACUCCUAAAGGUGGAGCAGAGUUCCAACUGGUGAGUUCCCUCCUCCAAGCUGCAGAAAAUUGGGUGCGGUAUCUAAAUGUCGAUCACCCAGACUACUGUUUCUUCGCCUCACGAGGUGCCUACCAGAGAUAGUGAACUCUUGAGUCUUCUGAUUGCGUGCAUGGACAAUUCUGGUGACUGUUGAAGCAUCAUUUUUAUGCUUUGUAUGCACAGAUUCCCUGAGAGAGGGCAUGGUAUUUUUUGAGAUGUCCUGAUCAGUAUACAAGCUUCAUGGGAUUGUGCUGCACGCUCGGUAGUAUUUUUGGAUGAUCGAUGGCUACAUUAACACCUGUCCUCAAUUCCUGUCUUUUGCCAAGAUUAUCGAAGUCCUUCUGGGCAGGGCUUUGGCUUUGGCCUUGGUGUUGGAUGGCUAAUUACCAGAGGUUUCACAGACGCCUAUGAAGUUCUACCUGCAUAGUCUUUUUAAACUCAUGUUAAAUUACAUUUAUAAAUUAUUUUUGAAUCAUAAUCGAAGUUUUGUCCACGAAUUUGAACAUAUUGUAAAGAAAUCAUUUCUAGAGAUCUUGAUGCCUCUUAAUUUCU